AAAAAAAAAAAAAACAAAAGAGCAGAGGGUGUAUUUCUAAUUUAUCCUAAAAUACUAAAAUAACUUCAACCAAACGGGUCCUUAGAAUUCUUCAGCUUAUUUAAGGACCCCAAACCCAGCAGAGCUAAACCAACAUCACUAACAUCAUGGCAGCCUUUGCUAAUCAACCACUGCUAGACACUCCCAAGAGAAAACUCUCUCUCUGCAAAUCUCUCUCUUUGGUUCUCACUCUAGUUGCUAUCAUAACCCCAAUCUCCAUACUCACCACCAACCUCUUCAAUCAAACCUUUUCUUCUUCUUCUUCUUCUUCUUCUCUCUCUCUCUCAGCCACCCUUUGCGAUCGGGCUCUUGAUCGGGCCUCAUGCUCCGCCAUGGUAUUAGAACUUGCUCCCCCUGAAAUUUUGAUGCAAAUGAAGGGCCCUGAUUUGUUGCAGGCCUUCUUGAAGAAAUCCGCAUCGGGCUUACGAAAGACUAUCGAGACAGCGAGCGAUAUCAGCCGUCGGAUCAACGACAAGAGAGAGCAAGGGCCUCUAGCAGAUUGCCUGGAGUUGAUGGAGCUGUCAAUGGAUAGAGUGAUGGGCUCUGUGGUGGCAGUUGAGAAAAGGACAGCCGAGUCACAUUCGGAUGCCCAUUCAUGGCUCAGUGGUGUUCUCACCAACCAUGUUACUUGCCUAGAUGGGUUAACCGGGUUGGCCCGGUCCAUGAUGGAGCCUGAGCUCGAAGACAUGGUGGCAAGAUCUAGAGCUUCUCUAGCCAUGAUGGUUGCAAUAUCACCACCGGAGGAUGAUGAGUUUGAGCCGCCGCGGUUGAUCGAGGAGUUUCCACGGUGGGUGAUGGCUAGGGACCGAAAUCUUUUAGAGGUGUUGGCGGGGACUGUCAACGCCAACGUGGUGGUAGCGAAGGACGGAAGUGGGAACUAUAAGACUGUGAGUGAAGCUGUGGCCUCAGCCCCGAACAAUAGCAACACUCGUUAUGUUAUCUAUGUCAAGCAGGGUACUUAUAAUGAAAAUGUUGUGAUUGGGAAGACUAAGAAGAAUAUUAUGCUUACUGGUGAUGGAAUGGAUUUGACCAUCAUCACUGGUAGCCUGAAUGUGGUUGAUGGAGCUACAACAUUCAAUUCUGCAACUGUUGCUGCUGUUGGUGAUGGAUUCAUGGCCCAAGACAUGUGGUUUCAAAACACAGCCGGCGCGGCGAAGCACCAAGCAGUAGCGUUACGCGUCGGAGGUGACCGAACCUUCAUAAAUCGUUGUCGCAUUGAUGCCUACCAGAACACUCUCUACACCUACACUUACAGGCAAUUCUACAGAGACAGCUAUAUUACUGGCACAGUGGACUUCAUCUUUGGCAACGCAGCGGUUGUGUUCGAAAACUGUAACAUAGUGUGCCGAAAGCCCAUGAGUGGACAGUUCAACACAGUAACGGCCCAAGGUCGAACUGACCCAAACCAAAACACUGGAACUUUAAUCCAAAGCUGUAAUGUGACAGUCAGCUCAGACCUUGAGCUCAUUAAAGGCACUAUAAAAUCGUAUUUGGGUCAUCCAUGGAAGGCUUAUGCGAGGACUAUUUUCAUGGAAGCAUACAUUGGGAACUAUAUUGACCUUUAGUGUGAUUUUACUUUGACUACGCUAUAUUAUGGUGAGUAUAUGAAUGACGGUCCCGGUGUAGAUACCAGCAAGCAUGUCAUAUGGGUUGGAUAUCAUGUCAUUACUAGUGCGACCGAAGCUGUGAAGUCUAUAGUGGCUCAGUUGAUACAAGGAGGGUUAUGGUUGAAGUCCACUGGGGUAUGUAAGAAUUUAUUCUUAAUUAGGCUGUCAUUGACUAUAUUUUGUUUGGUUUGUGAAAAACGGGUUGAACGUGAUUCA